ACAAAUGCUUGAAAUAUAGAAGCGACCGACGUACACGCGCGACUCGCCUAAAUUUAAGUAUCGCCGUAAGUCCGUUAUAAGAGCGCUAAUUGUCAUAGUUGUCGUUUACCUUCUUUAGAGAGUGCGUGACGCAGUGUAAGCGACAAAGGCUGCAAAUUAAUUGUACUUGUUCUAUCCCCUAAGAUAAUUUUAAGGCGUAAUCAUGGAACAAUAUUUAAAGAAGAUAAGAAAGAGUAACAUUGUAUGCCGCGAGAAGGUCUUAGCACGGCUGUAUUCCUUGAUCGGCGAAGCGGACGAACCGAUGCCGGAGAGCUUAUUCGUUUACGGGCACAUGGCCACUGGAAAGUCGUUGAUCGUACAAAGUCUGCUCGAUCAUUUAAAGUAUAACGUCAGCUACGUUAAUUGUAUCGAACAUUUAGGCAACAAACACGUAUACAAGUAUAUCCUGGACGAUCUAGCCGCAACCGCGGAAGAAUUGGGCGGUGAUGUGCGAUCGAGAUGCGACAAUAUUAUGGAUUUCAUACUGGCGCUAAAAAAGAUCUCCGACAACGAUGAACGUCCGAUCGUGUUGGUGUUCGAUAAAUGUCACAAGAUAAGACAUUUCGACGCGACCUUUUUGCCGGCGAUCUUGAGACUCAGAGAAUUGUCUGGUGUUAAUAUAUGCACGAUUUUGAUAAGCGAGAUCGUGUGGGAUAAGUUUAACACCAAGAUAGGCGCGUCGAAGCCCGUGAAGAUUUAUUUUCCCCAAUACACGAAGGACGAGUUGGCCCAAUUGCUGUCGUUGGACAAGCCGGCGAAUUACGGCACGGAUUUUUAUAAGAAUUACUUGAAUCUCUUUCUCUCCGUAUACUUCCGAUUUUGUAGAGAUCUGAACGAGCUUCGGCACAUGGCCAAAGUAAACUUCGCUAAAUACGUAGAGCCCAUAGAGAGCAAGCGAAUCGAGCCGGAUAAUGUUGCUGCACUUUGGCGAAACAUCUCCGCUACUCUGAAAUCCAAUUUGGAAAUCAUUUACCUCAGGGUUUCCACGGGCGACUUUCUGCAACCCGAUCAACAAAUGUCCCGGGAGAUCGAGUCGACGACGAAGCUAGCUUUGAGUUUCGAAUUGCCGUUUUACGCCAAGUACAUGCUAAUCGCCGCGUAUCUGGCCUCGUACAAUCCUGCCAAAUACGACAAGCAUAUUUUUAUGAAGCAGCGUAGUAAGAAACGGAAAAAGUUACGGUCGAUUAAGAGAACGAGAGAGGACGGGCAAAAGAGAUCUCGCGUUUUCACUAUCUCGCGGAUGCUCGCGAUCUUCUGCGCUAUUCUCGACGAGAAAGUAGACAUCAAUGCCAAUUUACUGGCUCAAAUAUCUACCAUGUGCCAGCUUGGUCUACUCUCUAUCGUCGGAGAUAACGUCACGCAGUUGGAUGAAACAAAAUUCAAGUGCUGCGCGAGCCACGACUUUAUUAUCGUCGUAGCUAAGACGAUUGGUUUUGAAAUAAAGAAUUACUUGAGCACGAACAUGAAUUGAAAUAUACACAUGCAUUUAUUGUAUUCAUUUUUAAUUAUAAUUUCAUAUGUAUGCUUGUUUCCGAUAGCUUUACCUAACGCUUUAUUUAUUUACGAGAACUUUUUGAGUAUUGGAGAAAAAAUUUACGCAUUUGUGUUAGGAUAAGAUUCUAUUUUUACUCAUUUAGCACGUAAUAGCUUGUAAUGCAUAAAACAAAUUUAGAAUAUGAGAAAUAUAAUUUUGUGUGUGAAUUAUGUGAUAAUUUGAGAUUCUUUUUAUUAAAAGUUUUGCAAAUA